AUGGAGGAGGAAGAGGAGGAGGACGACCUCGCCGACCACCCCGCGCUCCUCCACGCCCAGCAGCCCUUCGCCCAGAUCCUCUCCGGCGCCCCCUUCUUGCCGGACCAAGGCCCCGUCUUUCCAGGCGGCUCGCCCGAGGACAAGGAGUACGGAACAGACAUGUUCACAGCUGCAUUCUUCAAGGGCGUGGAGGAGGCCAGCAAGUUCCUGCCCGCCUACACCGCUGCGACGCUGGUGAGCAAGGACACGAGCGGCGGCAAGGACUGUUAG